CACCCUUGUACGCAGCCAACAAUGGGCAGCUAAUGUGUGGGUGACUUCUGCAUUUUCUUCACCCGACACUGCUACUCUCUGUUUAUCGCCUAGUGCUGCUGAUCAGAGGAGAGAUUCUAUCACUUGGGGAGACAACACACACUCACACACAAACAUUUUUCACUGACAUGGUCAAGCUGGACAUGAACUCUGACCUCCUCCUGAAGCAAUCAGAGCUGAGUGCCAAGCAUGACCUGUGCACAAAGCACCUCUUCAACUCCUGUGACUCUUUAAAAGAGCUUGGCUUCUCAGGAUCUGCCUUCUGCUGGUUUGAGUCCUUCUGCUCAGGGAGAUCAGAGUGGCACGGAGAGGGGAAGUGUCUAAAUCCUUCUGCUUGCCACAGAGUAUCACGCUAGUGAUGUCACCUGUCAUCUAAAUAACCUUUUAACUCCAGUUCAGCCGAAAGACAUGCUCCUCUAUGGGUUGUAUAACACUGUAUAACAAAACAACAUUGUAUUUAAUAAAAAACAAAAACC